UUCCUUCAUUCGAACAUUAAACUACUAAAUUCCCUUUCAGUGUAAAAGACUCAAGAUUGAGGCAAUCAACUAGGCCUAGGCGAAAAAUUAAAAAUAGUGACGCAACUGCACAAUUAGUUCCACUUACUAGUGUUCUUCCUGGGAAGAAGGAAGCCUCUUUGUUCCAUUAUCAAUUCAAUGGCGAUGAUGAAGAUGAAGAUUUACGGUUACAGACUGAGAGCCCUACUUUCUACUUCCCUCUCAUCUUCUCCUUUUCAUUCCGUUCCGUCUCGCACUUUCUCGUCUUCCUCCUUUGAGAAUGUUGGAUUCAUAGGGCUGGGAAAUAUGGGAUCCAGAAUGGCAAAUAAUUUACUCAAAGCUGGAUACAAAAUGACUGUUCAUGAUGUAAACUGUAAUGUCAUGAAGAAGUACUCUGAUAUGGGAGUUUCAACAAAACAAACACCUUCUGAAGUUGCAGAAGCAAGUGAUGUUGUAAUCACAAUGUUGCCUUCAUCAUCUCAUGUAUUGAAUGUUUACAAUGGACCAGAUGGCUUACUUCAAGGAGGAGAUCUCCUAACGCCUCAAUUAUUUAUAGAUUCAUCUACAAUUGAUCCCCAAACAUCAAGAAAGCUCGCUGUGUCUGUAUCUAAUUGCAUUCUAAAGGAAAAGAAAGAGAAUUGGGAGAACCCUGUCAUGUUGGAUGCUCCCGUCUCUGGAGGUGUUGUAGCUGCAGAAGCUGGUUCACUUACUUUCAUGGUUGGUGGCUCUGAAGAUGUGUAUCUUGCUGCCAAAUCCUUACUCCUCUCGAUGGGAAAAAACGCAAUUUUCUGUGGUGGACCAGGAAAUGGUUCAGUGGCAAAGAUAUGCAACAAUUUGGCAAUGGCUAUUAGUAUGCUUGGACUGUCAGAAGCUCUAGCUCUUGGUCAGUCUCUAGGAAUAACUGCCAGUACGCUGACAAAGAUAUUUAACUCUUCAAGUGCACGCUGUUGGAGUAGUGAUAGUUAUAAUCCAGUUCCUGGUGUGAUGCAAGGAGUGCCUUCUUCAAGGAAUUAUAGUGGUGGAUUUGCAUCCAAGCUCAUGGCUAAAGACCUAAACCUUGCUGCUGCAUCAGCAGAAGAAGUUGGUCAAAGAUGUCCACUGACAUUUCUAGCACAAAACAUAUAUACAGAGAUUUGCAACGAUGGUCAUGAAACUGAAGACUUCUCGUGUGUGUUCCAGCAUUAUUACUCUGGCAAGGGUGAACGCAAUUAGGUUCACUUGUGCAUGUAUAAGAAAAGAAAAUGUUUGAGCUUGGUAGCAAAAUGCAUCGGAUUUCAUCCGAAUAAUUCAUGGUGGACAUAAGACAUUGUAUUCAACUUGAUGUUUUAAGCAUACUUGUGAUCAAGUGGUAAUGGUUUAUGGCCAAGGAAAAGAACCUGUUAGAUUUUCUUAAUGUGACACCAUAUAAGCCAGAUGUGAAGGAUAAGCUUUAAUGCUUUUACAAUACAAUAUGACGAGUUGUGUUGGCAAA